CAAGCGACGAAAGCAGAAGCGGGGAGGGGUGGGGUCGGGAGCGCUCUCCCGUGGUUCGGGGCGCCUGCGAGGUGUCAUGGCUGCUGCCGCUGAGCACAGACGCCCGUGCGUCGGCGACGGGAGCCGGGAGCAGAGCUGCAGCCCCAGCCUCUCCCAGGAGGUGCUCUUGGAAGUCGUUCGCUCCCUGCAGACCCUGGCCGGGCAGCUUAACCUCCGAGAUGAUGUGGUGAAAAUUGCAAUCGAUUGGAACAAGCUCCAGAGCCUCUCGGCAUUCCAGCCUGCUUUGCUCUUUAGUGCUCUUGAGCAACACAUUUUGUAUUUACAGUUUGAACCCCAGCAGAUGCAAUUGUGUUCUUCUCAGCCCUUUUUAGCAAAACUUCAGCCUCUGAUUAAAGAGGAGAAUACAACUGUUGUUGAAGAGAUAGGAAAAGCAGAAACAAGGAACAAAAAUGAAGUAGAUGGCAAAUUUCCCAUUGGAGACCUACAGGAGGAAGAAAAGCACAAAGAUUGUGAUUUAGGAGAUGUGAAAAAGACACAGAUCCAUUUUGAUCCAGAAGUAGUUCAAAUAAAGGCUGGAAAAGCAGAAAUUGACAGACGAAUAUCUGCAUUUAUUGAAAGAAAGCAAGCUGAAAUCAAUGAAAACAACGUCAGGGAAUUUUGCAAUGUUAUUGAUUGUAAUCAAGAAAAUAGUUGUGCAAGAACUGAUGCCGUUUUUACCCCUUACCCCGGAUUUAAAAGUCAUGUAAAAGUUUCUAGAGUUGUGAAUACAUAUGGACCACAGACUCGACCUGAAGGAAUUCAAGGGUCAGGUCAUAAACCAAGCAGCAUGCUCCGAGAUUGUGGUAAUCAGGCUGUAGAAGAACGGCUACAAAAUAUUGAGGCUCAUUUGCGAUUGCAGGCAGGUGGUCCUGUGCCAAGAGACAUUUAUCAGAGAAUUAAAAAACUUGAGGAUAAAAUCCUUGAAUUGGAAGGCAUCUCUCCCGAGUAUUUUCAAUCUGUAAACUUUUCUGGCAAAAGAAGAAAAGUUCAACCACCUCAACAGAACUAUUCACUGGCUGAGCUUGAUGAGAAAAUUAGUGCUCUCAAACAAGCCCUGCUUCGAAAAUCAAGAGAAGCAGACUCCAUGGCAACUCACCACCUCCCAUGAAAAACUCAUCUCAUCUUCGUCACUUUACUUUUCUAUAUACUUGUGUGUUACUUACACUGCAAUUAAUUAAAUGGAUACAUAUUUAUCAAUGUAGACAUCCUCUGAAGUCUAGGUUUAUUUUCACACGAGUCCAGCUUGCAGCAAGUAAUCUUACAAUAUCCCAAUGAAUUAUGAAAUAGUUAAUGCAUUGAACAUAGCAUUGUCAGAAUUUAUUUCCUUCUGUUUUAAAGGAGGUGUUUUGGAAAUUAAGAAACUUAAUUUGAAAAUACAUCUUUGUGUGAGUGUGUGUAUGUCCCACAGAAAGAUUUGUUUUGAAUAGUGAUAUUUAAAAGCCAUAUUUAUAUUUGUAACAUUGAUGUUAACCAGUUUAUUAGUAAAUUAGUACUUUGUAAUAAUACGCAUUCAACAAAAAAUUAAUUGACCAAAAUGAAUUUUACAUGAAUGCAUACUUUUUUUUUCAAAUGUCAAUUUUAAUGUAAAUAAACAGUAGAUUCCACCUUUAUUCCCUUAUUGAUUGAUUGUAUGACCUUGAGUAAGUUAUUAAUCUCUCUUUGUGCCUUAAUUUUCUUACCUGUAAAAUGGGAGUGGUAAUAAUAGAGCCUGUUUGUCAUGAAGAACAGGUGAAAUCAUGCAUGUACAACUUUGAAACUGGCCCAAGGAAAGUACUCAAUAAAUGUUAGCUGUUAUUGUUUAAAAACUA